AAUGCCUACAAAUUCGAACUUUAAUAUUAUAAUAGUGUUCAGUGUUAUAAAUUAUGUCAAACGAUAAUAAAAUAACAAUAUGCAUUAUUUACUAAUAUACAUAUUAUGUAAUACUGUUAUUACUAUAAAAUAGUUAUAACACUUAUAACCAAUAUGGCAAUAUCCAAGUACAAAUGUACAAUCAUUACAAAUUUUUAUUUAUUUAUCUUAUGAUUGUUAUUUAAAUAACGGCGGGAAUUAUUAUCAUAGAUAUAUAGAACUGUGUAUAUAUACAUCUAUGAUUAUUAUAAAUUUUGAGGAUUAAAUAAUAAAUAAUAUAAGGACUAUGGAGGAAAUCCAAUAUUUAUCUAGAGACAAUGUCAUUGUCAGUUUGUUUUGUCACAUAACCAGUAUAUUAUUAUUUUGAAAUUACUCAAUAGUCAAUAGCUACUUAUUAGUUAGUUAGUUACUAGUUUGGUAGUUAAUAGUUAUGGGUCGUGUCGUUCCUUCAUUAUAAUACGGUUUUGUAGCAAAAUUAUAAAAUUAUCGUUAUUAUUAUUAUUAGCGUGUAAUGGUAUUACAAAUUACAAUGAGAGUUAUUUCUAUCACCGUUUUGGUUUUGUGUUUAUCUAGUGAGUAUACCCUAAAAUGUUCUGAAGACGACUUUGUCGAUCCGUUGGAUAUGCUCAACUACGAUAGGUCGUCGAAAUCAAUGAAAAUUCCUACACCAAAAACAAUGGCUAAUGAACCCGUUCAAAAUGAACGUUGUACAGUCUAUCUUUCAAGAUUCAUCAACAUACUGUUAAUAAACACUGGACUAUCUAACACUGAUCAAGUGUCAAACAAUGGCGAAAACAAAGAGCUGAAGUUAUACACAUCAUCUGUGCGACCCUCAGUGUUCACUGUUCACUACCUAAAUUGUAAAUAUACACCUACCGUCAUUCCUUUAUCAGUUUUAGGACAGUGUUUUCUAGUGUUUUCGUUUUGUAAAUUGAAUCUUCGAGAACUUUCCAUGGUAAAUUAAAUGGCUUUGUGUUUUUAUUAAAUCCAAUUUCUGGAUCCCA